AUGUGAUCUGAGAGCGGUGACCGAGGAACCAUAUAAGGUGCAACCGGAAACAGAAAAAAACAUCGAAUUCCAUGUCAAUUUACCUUCGGAACCUCUACAUGAGGCUGCCUUUCACCAUUUUUGACUGAACAGUGUUGUCCACGAGUUAUAUUCAUCUAGAGAACGAGUCGUGCACCACCGAAGUUGCACAAGUUGUGUGUUGCCUCUUGGCAGUUGUAAUGUCAGUCGGUGCCACACAGUGCUGCUAAUGCUUGCACAACAUUAGCUAGCACCAUCAGAGACUUUUGCUGGCAGUAUCAGUGGAGGAAUCAGUAUGGAUGCGCUCUUGGUGUUCCUACUGCUGCUGGUACCACUCCUGCUAUGGACCAGCAGCACUUUUGUUUUUUAUUUUAAAAAGUGUUUCUACGUGGCCUAUAUGAUGAUUUUGGCUGCGAUUGCGAUUCCGCUUAGUAUUCUGAAAAGCGGCGGCAGGGACAUCGAAAACAUGAGGGUGAUCCGCGCUCUGGUUCGUCACGUGAAGUACUUCCUGGGUCUGAGGUUUGACGUGAGCGGCUUGGAACACCUGCAGACAGAGGGACCCUACGUCAUCAUCUCCAACCACCAGAGCUCCCUGGACGUACUGGGUCUAAUGGAGGUCCUCCCAGAUCGCUGCACCAUGGUUGCCAAGAAGGAGCUGGUGUACGCUGGCACUGUGGGCAUCGUGUGCUGGCUGGGCGGCAUCGUCUUCAUCAACCGCAAGAAGACAAGAGACGCCAAGAGUGUCAUGGCCGAUGCUGCCAAGACCAUGCUGGAUGACCAGAUCCGUCUGUGGGUGUUCCCGGAGGGUACGCGGAACCAGAGGGGCGACCUGCUGCCCUUCAAGAAGGGAGCCUUCCACCUGGCAGUGCAAGCGCAAGCUCCUAUCAUUCCCAUCGUGUUCUCCUCCUACAGUAACUUCUAUCUACGGAAAGAAAAGCAGUUCAACUCAGGGACCAUCACACUGAAGAUCCUUCCGAAGAUUGAGACGAAGGGCAUGACGUCAGACGACGUGGCCGACCUCUCCGACAAGUCCUACGACCUCAUGCGCUCCGUCUUCCUAGACAUCUCUGGCUCUGCCCCCGUAACCCAGAGCAACGGGCCCUCCUUCCACCACUAAACAUGAACAACCUCCCUCCUCAUUUUCCUGUCCAAGACACCAAACUCCCCCCCCCCCCCC